GUACAUUUGCCCGGGUUUACAAAAUAUCGUGACACACCAACAUCAAAAAGAAUGAUGGCAACCUUUGACGUGGCAUGUAUUCUCGUUUUUGCUUUUCUCGGUUCUUUCGCGCUUUCUGAUGAAGCGGCCAAGUCAGUUCUACACGAUUCCAAAGUCACGCACGAUCGAGAUCAUAUCAAGGAGCAUGUGAGAGAGGAAAUUGAUGUCAAAGAAGAAGAAAUGAGUGAUGAAGACCUACAGUUCCAUUUCUUCCGACUUCAUGAUUACGACGGCAACAGAAAACUGGACGGACUGGAGCUUAUGCAUGCCGUCAGCCAUUAUCAAAACGAAUCGGGAAUAACAGACAAAGACGAAACUUCGGACGAAGCUAACGCGAGAACCGUNAAUAGCCCAGCACGUGCGUUUUAA